AACGAGAAUUGACUGUCGGUAAUGUAGGUAAUCAUUUUACCUAUAACUUUAGAUAUUUUCCAAGAGUGAAAAGUUUCCUUAAAUUUAAAAAAAAGUAAUGAAUGCAUUAUUAAAGUAUUCGUUACUACUACUGACACUAUGUGGUGGUUUUUUGAUUUUGAGCGCUUUCGCUCAAGCCAAAGCAAAGAGUGGCUUAUCGUUAUCUGAAAAAGUACAAAGUCUUUUGGAUAUGAAUGCUAAGAAGGCGUUGCUGCGAUUUAAUGGCCAAAAGUUUCGUGAAUAUGUUAAAAACAGUCCACGCAAUUAUUCGGUUGUUGUCAUGCUUACAGCGUUGGCUCCUGCAAGACAAUGUCAGAUAUGCAGACAUGCUCAUGAUGAAUUCAACAUUGUGGCCCAGUCCUACCGCUAUUCUCCGGCUUAUUCAAAUAAAUUAUUCUUUGCCAUGGUUGAUUUUGAUGAAGGUUCCGAUGUAUUCCAAAUGCUACGUUUAAAUAUGGCGCCAGUUUUUAUGCAUUUUCCACCUAAAGGCAAACCUAAAAGUGCUGAUAGCAUGGACAUACAUCGCAUUGGUUUCGCUGCGGACGUUAUUGCCAGAUUUGUGGCGGAACGUACAGAUAUACAAAUACGUGUCUUCCGCCCACCCAAUUAUUCGGGAGCGGUGGCUUUAAUUACGUUGGUGGCUUUGGUUGGCGGUUUCUUAUAUAUGAGACGAAAUAAUUUAGAAUUUUUAUACAACAAAAACAUCUGGGGUGCUUUGGCUGUAUUCUUUUGCUUUGCCAUGAUAUCGGGUCAAAUGUGGAAUCAUAUUCGAGGACCGCCUUUAGUGCAUAGGACUCAAAAUGGUGGCGUGGCCUAUAUACAUGGGUCUUCACAAGGGCAGUUGGUAGUUGAAACAUACAUCAUUAUGGGUUUAAAUGCUUUGAUAUUUUUGGGUAUGAUACUACUAACGGAAUCUGGAAAUCAAACGGAUCAACGGAAAGGACGAAUUAUGGGCAUUAUCGGUUUGGCAUUGUUGGCCAUAUUCUUCUCGUUUCUUCUAUCCGUUUUUCGUUCCAAGGCUCAAGGCUAUCCUUAUAGCUUCCUUUUCAAAUAAAUAGCAGAACAUAAAAUAAAUAAAUUUUAUUUAUUCGUUACAAAAUUUUAAAGACUGGAUUAAGUCAAUAGCUAACUUAAUGAUGCUAAUUUUUUCAUCUUUUUCAUAAUCAAGUUUAAGA